UUUCCGGUCAGAUCCGGAACUCUUCGUCGCUGACUCCAAACUAGCGUCACAUCACAGCGGGGGGUUUCGUUUCCAAGUGGGGAGUAAAAAAAACAAAACAAAACAUCGUAUUUGUGUUCAGAAAGUUCAACAAUAAGGGACAACAUGUCGAAUUAUAAGGCUCCAGACCACAAGAGAGAGCAGUUUCGGAGAUACUUGGAGAAAGUUGGUGUUGUUGAUAGUCUCACCAGUGUGUUAGUGGCAUUGUAUGAACAACCAGAAAAGCCGACCAACGCUCUGGAAUUUGUUAAGCAGCACCUCGGCACGCCUGGCCUCACUGCGGCUGACACGGAGGCUCUGCAGCAGGAAGUGGUGGAUCUGAGGCAGAGGUGUGCCCGUCUGGAGGAGGAGAACUUAGACCUCAAAGCCAGGCUGCAACGUCACGAGCCGCCUGAUGAGGGCGCUGUUGUGGAAUAGACUCCAGCUUCAACUCCACUUUUUGAUGUUUCUUCAGAGGUCAUUCAGUAUUCUUUUUUUUUUUUUUUGACUGAUUUCUAUUUUUGACAGACAAACAUCACGACUUGUAGUUUGAUGAUCAUAAUUGCAGAGGUCUGUUGACAUGCUUCGGUGUAUGUUCAGGUCACAUUCACAUCAAUAUUACAGCUUUAAACUUUUUUUUUAACUUUAAACUGUUACUGGUUGUCAAUUACAAAGCAGAACACUGCAGAUAAAGAGCCAUUUUAAUAUAUGAUCACAAUCCUUGUAUUACUAUUCAGUAAGUCUUGUACAUUUUGUUGUUAGAUUUGACAAAGGUAGAGAUUCAGUUUCUUCACAUUUCUGAGUAUCUGAAUGAUUAAAAUGUUUUGCACAUGCUA